AUGGUGGAAGUGACAAUGCGAUGGCAGCGGCAGCAGUUUUGCUUUCGAGACCAAAAGUUUGAGGCACUCGGCAUGGUGGAACACUUCGAUGUGGCCGAAGUGGAGUCCUCCUCUUCGGGCGAGGACGAGGAGGCCCUGCAAGCGCGCCUCCGACGUCGGGCCGUGGAGGAACAGCUGCAACGCUGCGAGACGGAGCUGGGCGCAUGCCUCUGGAUCGACACCAACCGCGCGACCCUGCGCGUCUUGGAGGAUUGGCGUGGCAGCUACGAAGGGAUGCGAGUGCUGGAGCUGGGGGCGGGGGCAGGCGCUUGUGGCAUAGCCCUUGCUUAUGAUGGGGCUGAUUCCACAGUCACCGAUGUGGAAGCUUUGCUGCCCCUGCUGCAGCGCAGCGUGGAGUUGAACCCGCUCUCAAUGGAGGACACGGUUGCCAGCGCGGCGAAGUCCAAAAAGAAGUCCAAGGAGGACAAGUCGUCUCGGCGAAAAGGUCGAGGAGCGGAGCCAAGGCGUGCUGCUGGUCGUUGCCAGGCGGCUGCCGUAGAAUGGGAGAAGGAGGCACAGAUGCCCACGCUGCCGGGGAACUUUGAUCUGGUGGUGGUAUGCGAUUGCCUCUACGAGAAUCGAGACAGUUGGUCCUCCCUGCAGCAGCUGCUGCAGCGCCUUGUGGGUCUCCAUGGCCAUGUGUUGCUGGCUUCGGCGAUGCUGCGACAGCCCUUCCUGGAAGCCUUCACGGAGCAGAUGGCGGAGGUGGGCUUCACGCUACUGAAGAAGGAGCAGGGCGGUCCUCUGGGCGACGUCUGCGUGGUGAUCCUCCGCCCCCAAGCGAUCCAAGAGUCUGCGGACGUGGCGCCAGAGGUGGCGUUGAUGUUUCUGUUGAUCUGGAUCCGCAGUGAAGUGCAGAAGGAAGAUGUCCCAGCACACGAUUAUGUGGACGAUCCGGCCAACAAUCCCACCUGGUUCUCCGCGGAGCCUCUGGAUGUGUCCAGCAUCCCAGGCCUUCCCCCCGCAGUAAAGAAGCAGCUGGAGCAGCUCUGCAAGUCGAAGGAUAGCGCUUUGUGCCCCGAGAUUUUCGCCAGCUCGUGGGGACUUCGCAAGGAACACUACACAGGUUCCGCGCUGGAUGGGCUGCUGCCGCUGCACAUGGCACAGAGAAAUCUGCGGCUGGGCAUCGUGGGCACAGCAGGGAAAGGUUUGGACGAUUUCAUCUCCUCCCUGCCGGGCUACUCCAAGUUGACACGUUACUUCUCCUCAGAGGAAUCCUACGAUGACUAUUUGGCAGAUCACGACUAUGGCUUCAGCACACAGAACCCUGCGUUGUUUGGUGCCAUCGUUGUACAGUCAGCUGCCACCUGUCCGAGUGGUGGGACCUGCAGUGGUGACUGGGACAUCGUGAUCCAUCUCAACACCACGGGGCCCAGCACUUCCACGGCUGAUAUCAAAGGAGCCACGGACAUCAACACCAAGCUGACUCCUGAAGUGAGCACUCUCAACAAAGGUUUGAAGAUGUCGACCAGCAGGAUCUAUUGGUCGGGUGGCAUGUCUCGUAGCCUGGGUCUGGCUCUGCCCACAGGUGGAUUGGUGGAUCUCCAGAGUCUGGUCUACGCCUGGAUCUUCAACAGCACCGGUGCCUAUCAGCUGCCGUCGCCUUCAGAACUGCCGAGCUGCGACUGCAUCGACCCCCAGGGUCAGGCCACAGAGGACUUCUCCCAGUGCAACAGCUCGUCGCUGUUCACCACGGCGCUCCGUGCCCUGACGCCCCACUGGUCCACCACGCUGCUGGGGAACUCCGCGGGAUGCUUGGGACGGCUCAGUGGCAUUUUGCCCGUCAGCGUGAGGGAGAUCCCCUUCCCGACUCCUGCCUACACGGACGACCCCUUCGCCAGCUUCGUGGAGAGCGUCUUCGGUCUCUUCUUCGUCUUGGUUUUCAUCUGGCCUUCAACGCGGAUCAUGAAGAGCUUAGUGGAGGAUAAGGAGGCGCGCAUCAACGAGGUCAUGAAGAUGAUGGGGAUGCCAGCGGAAGCCAUCCUACUGGGUUGGUACCUGACCUACGGCCUGCUCUGGAUCAUCCCCGCUGCUCUGAUGACAGUGGUCUGCUGGGAUUCCGUCUUCCAGCACAGCAACAAGCUGCUGGUCUUCAUCUUCUUCUGGCUCUUCGGAGUUUGCGUGGUGACCUUGUGUUCCUUCAUCGCUGUCUUCUUCUCGAAAGCCAAGACGGCCAGUGUGGUGGGAGCGUUACUUUUCUUUCUUCUCUACUUCCCCUUCCUGUUCGUGUCGGACAGCGGCGCCUCCGCGAGCACCAAAGCCUUGUCGUCGCUGUCGCCGCCUGUGGCCUUGUCCAUAGGUGCUGGGCUCAUUGCACAAUUUGAAAGUGCGGGUGUAG